CAAAAAAACAAAAAAUAGAAAGGAAGAACGACGUAAAAAAGAGAAUUUUCAUCAAUUUCGGCAUUUAGAUGACCAUUAAAUAAUGUACAGAUAUGUCCUGCGACGUUUGAGAGAUAUUGUCGAGAAAACCUACUCAGUGUUAGACGCGCAAAAGACAUGGACAUGCAAUAAAAGUGUCGAAAACUCAAGUGGUUCGCAUUGUGCUCCGCACAGCAACAGCACGAAUGUUGUUUUGGUUCGUCCCGCAUUCACGGAGCUUUGUUCAACGCAAAAAUCCGAGCCGAAUCGGGAUCUGUGUUUCAUCCCGGAGCGCAAAGAUGCCGGAGGAUCGGGCCCCAAUCGCGAGAGAUGUCACAAAGAACACGAACGACAACAAUGCGACUUUACAUGGGUAUCAGCAUUAACUUGGUCUAGCGCACUUGUUUGUGGAUGGUAUGCAUCGCAGCUGCUCUGUUUGCAUCGCCGUAACCCGCAACAUCGAGGUUGGGACUCAAGAUGUGCCUAUUCCCGUGUUUUCAUGAAUACGAAUCGUGCCCUGCACACAACUUUAUUAGCACGACUCGCAUUCGCAUCUUCGCCGCUUUACGAAGCCAACCAACAACAACAACCGACGAGGCAAUUUCAUCGUUUGAAACGCGCCGAGACGCCAGAUUCACAAAAUUCCGGAGAUAGUGGCGUGUUUGACGCAAAACCAUCGCGAAGUAAUUCCCCUCAGUUUGAUUUUUUGCUGCACGACGAUCACGAAGAGCUGCGAGAUUUGCACAAAUAUGUCAUUAAUGUGAGCAACGACGAGGAAACUUAUGUCGAAAAGCCGAAAAAAACGGAGAAAAGUCAAGAAAAUGAUCCGAGCACGGUCGAACAAGCCGUUCAAAAUCUCCUUUCUGUGAUCGGGGAAAUUGAAUUUCAGCUCGGAAUCAAGUCAAUUCGUCUUGGCGAUUAUUCAACGGCCGUUUCUCACUUAAAACUCGCAACGAGUCAUCAUCAUGCCGCAGCCACGUUCAAUUUGGGAGUUUGCGCCGAGAACGGAAUCGGUUGUAAGAAGGAUUUGGCAUUCGCCAUGAGUUGCUAUCAAGCUGCUACAGAUCUCGGGCAUCCGCAGGCCAUGUACAAUUUGGGCGUUUUUUACGCGCAAGGCUUGGGAGGCCUCAAGAAAAGUCGCAAAGCGGCACGGAAACUCUUUGAAACCGCAGCUUUGAUGGGCGUGAUCGAAGCAAAGGCAGCUUUAGGCUUGCCCAUUGUUGAUCUUCCGGGUCUUCAAAAGACAAUGACGACAGAAUUUGGUGCCAUGAACUACGAAGUACGAAGCGUUGCUUAAAAGGAAAAAAGCCUCAAAUUAUUUUUUUCGUUAUCGGUUAAGGGGGUUUUGUUUGUUUUUUUCUCAAUAUAUUUUAUUAUCUCUCGACUUUGAUAUCUAUCACGUUUUUUCAGUUUGUUUGGACAAAUGACUAAUUAACUGAUUAAAUAUUUUCAUAGUAGCAACGUUAAAUGACGUUUUUUGUUUAUUUUUUGGAUUAUAAAAUUUUUUGAUCGACACUAAAAAUUUUUUUCUUAACUUUCGUACUCAAAUAAAUGUCGAUUGCAUGAAAAUUUGUGAAAAAUUUACAUACAGAAUUAUUAUUUUUGAAAAAAAAAAUAAAAAUAUGAGUUAUGAAAAAAA